UUUGGACUUGCGACGACCCAUCGCGCACCAACUGAAUCAAGCCUGUGUGAGAAAGAGACAAAAGACAGGCGGCUUCAACAAGAAGAACAUGUUGGACGGGUGAAUACCACCGAAGAGGGAAUAUGUGAGAAAUACUGUAAAUGUCAGUGAUGUGGACGGUGAAGGUGGUCGGCCUGGGUGCGGUGGCCCUCUCUCUCAGUGUGGAGCUGCUUUGCUGGCUCGUCCGUCGCCUCAGACCUGGAAGAACCCUCAAUGAGGUCCUCUUCUUUCCCUCAGAGAUGGCCUGUGUGGAGCAUAUCUUCUCUCCCUCGUUGCCUCAGUCCUGUUGCUGCCCGUUGCCUCAUGGCAUAGAGACCUCUUUCUCCCGUCUUCUUCGCCACAUCCUGUCUGCUUCCUCCUCUUUGGACUUGUGUAUCUUUGCCUUCUCCAACAUGGACCUGUGCAGGGCUGUGCUGGCGCUGCAUAGCGGAGGAGUCACCAUCCGAGUCCUCACUGACAAGCAAUACGCUGCCAUCUCUGGCUCCCAGAUAGGUGUCCUCCGCAAGGCUGGGAUCUGUGUGCGGUGCGACGUGGGCUCCGAUUACAUGCAUCACAAGUUUGCAGUGGUGGACGGCAGGCUGCUCAUCACCGGCUCCCUCAACUGGACGCUGACAGCAGUGCAGAGCAACAUGGAGAACAUCCUCAUCACCGAGGAGCCAGACCUGGUGCGACCCUUCAUGGAGGAGUUCCACAAGUUGUGGGGGCAAAACGAUCGAGCUCAAUACCUCCACUCAAGUGCCCAAAAACCUGCUAACAUCACCAUCAGAAUCAGUGACUGAUUAGCCAGGAUGAAUAGUGAGUCAGACAUUAUUUUAUCUUGUUUCUUCUCAAGUUUUGAUUCUACUACUUCUGGCUGUGGCUGUGAAGGACUGUAAGUGACAGUGUUAUCGUUCAAGAUGCUGGAAGUUUCACGGCAGUUUUGUUUUAAAUAUGUCCCAGAAAACAUGUCUGAUUUACCAGGCUGAGUUUGCAUUUAAGAGUUCCUGUUUGAUUCAGGUUUCUUAUAUUUUACUAUUUGGCACUGGUCUAAGAUGAAGAUCCACAACAUAGAUGUGUUUGAGUUCUAAAGAGAAUGCCUCUGUUUGUGUUGGGUAAGAAUAUUUCUUUAUUCUUUAAAUUCAAGUUUAUGUUUGUUAUAUUGUGUCACAGGUUGACAUUACGCAAAUACCAUUGCUUAUUUUAAAGAUUUCCACCGAGUUGAUCAAAUUAAUCUUCUUUCAUCGUGGUAAUUUUGUAAUCAAUAAUCCAUUAUACAUUUUCUCCCUUGGAACUAAAGGGAUUAGUUUAAUUCCUUUAUCUAAAAAACCCUCCACAGUUCACCUUGUGUCUAACUGCACACUAAAUUACACUGUCUGUAAAAAAUCCAGUGUAUAGUUUAGGGUAUGCUACUGCAGUCUCAGGGAAGAUGUUUGCCAAGCACCAAUAAAAACCCUCUUUCACACUGCUGUUCUGGCAGGUCUGUUGCAUCACUGCCCCGAGGCUGUAGUUUUUCUCUUGCUCCAACAUGAUUUAGUCUGUCUCAAAUUCACAGUAAGGCCUUACAGCAUAAAAACACGCCAGUUUUCGCAGUGAUUCAGAAUACCAUCUUUUGAGGUUUGCAAACCCGAGGAGAGCUGAUCUGGUUUGGACAUGCUUAUUGUGCCUUGGUGCAUGACUCCACUGCAUUGCUCACAGUCAGGAUAAUGACUGUC